CCGGAAAAAUCGCUAACCGGAAGGGAAGGCCAGAACCUCAGAAGAAGAAGACAGCCGCCGCCGAUGAGACCGACGGAAGCAGAACAAAGUACUCUCCCACUGGCGAGGUCUCCUGUUCCUCUGGCUCAUCUACCUGCCUGAACUCAACCCCCCCCUCCCGACCCCCGCACCGAGCCUAAAGUCAACCGGACGUCCUCCCUCUUCUCCCAGCUCCUUCUUCUCUCCCGAAUUUCUCCACCAUGGCAGGGCGAGGCGGACCAGCGCGGACCAACGGCACCGCAGCAAGCAACAAGAUCUGCCAGUUUAAGCUCGUGCUGCUGGGGGAGUCAGCGGUGGGAAAGUCCAGCUUGGUGCUGCGCUUUGUCAAAGGCCAGUUCCACGAGUACCAGGAGAGCACCAUCGGAGCUGCCUUCCUCACCCAGACGGUAUGUUUGGAUGACACAACAGUCAAGUUUGAAAUCUGGGACACCGCAGGACAGGAACGGUAUCACAGCUUGGCGCCCAUGUACUACAGAGGAGCGCAGGCCGCCAUCGUGGUCUACGACAUCACCAACACAGAUACAUUCACACGUGCUAAGAACUGGGUAAAGGAGCUCCAGCGACAAGCCAGCCCAAAUAUUGUUAUCGCACUGGCAGGAAACAAAGCUGACCUGGCCAACAAGAGAGCCAUAGAUUUCCAGGAGGCCCAGGCGUACGCCGACGACAACAGCUUGCUGUUCAUGGAGACCUCCGCCAAGACGGCGAUGAAUGUCAACGAGAUUUUUAUGGCUAUCGCCAAGAAGCUUCCUAAGAACGAGCCUCAGGGUGGACAUGGCGCUGCCGGCCGAACCCGAGGCGGCGUGGACCUGCAGGAGGCGGCGCCGCAGGGCAGAAGCGGCCAUUGCUGUGGCGGCGGGAACUAACGAACACGCCGAGUCAGCUGAUCCAACCGAUCCUCGGGUUGAUCGACCAGACCAGAUAUUAGCCGGCUGUCAAACAAUGUCCCAUUGGUCAAACACAACCAUGGUCGGACCAACCACCCAAUGAGCAACACGGCACCAAUUAACUGUUUGGCAAACGAGUCCACGGGCCCGUCAACCGCCCGGCCCUCUGACGGCUGAACCAACCGCCACCACGAAAUCCACCCACAGGCUUAUUGAAGAAUCCCAUUUCAACCCCAGGACUUGCCAAUCCACGACCUCUCUCUUGAUGAUGGACACUUGACGUCACCUCAGGGGGGGGAAUAAAUCGUCCCAUUCAUGGAUGAAGGAAAGAAAACAAAAGAUCCGUCAUUAUCAACGGCACUUAAAAGGGCCGCUUUGCUCAUCGUUUCUUUUCUGUAUUUGUGUAGAAGAGGGGGGAAAAAAUGAAAUUAACAGGAAUUGCUCUCAGCAGGCUCGAUGUCCUUCCUCCUCUGCCCCCUGCGUCCUCAUGCACCAUCAAGUUAUUAGUAUGUCCAUCAUGGUCGCGUCAACAACCGUUUAAACUCCAGGUGCAUGCAGCAGUCCUUCGCUUCUCUGGCUGGUUCCUGGUCAGCUUCUUGGAAAAGAUGGAGAGAGAGAGAAGGUUUGUAACAGCAAUGAACAGAUCUUUCCUUCUUGAUAGAUCUGUGUAGAAUGAAAUAUUACAUUGUUGUCACUAUUAUUAAUUCAACUUCUUUUGACACCGGCCGUUUAAUAGGAUUAUAAAGCCUUUACGGUUUUACAAUGACUCAUCCAUGUUACCAAACCAUAUACAGUAAAUAGGACUUUAUUAACAUAGUCACUCGUAAGUAAUUUUAGUGUUAAUGUCAUGUUUUUGAAUCCUCAUUGUACAAAGACAAAUUCAUAAAACCAGAUUUGUUUUUCUUGACCAAAAUCACAGCUGCGUGUUGACAACCUUGCUGUAUUCCUAUCAGACUUUUGAAGUUCAUAAUCAAUCAUUAGUUAUUGUCAAACAAUAUCUUCCCAAUCUCUACAUGUUUUGUCGACCUUAAUUAUUUUUGAUGGAAUUUUUUUUUUUUUUUUUACGUGUUAAUUUCUUUUCUUCUGAAGCUCUAUGGUAUUAAAUGCACUGGUUCUGUCUCACCAUCUUCGUGACUUGA